AUGCGCCACGUACUCGCCAUCCUCCGUCCACGGGUGGUGGUAUCUGACAAGCCGAACGCCCUGUACGAGCAGUCGGCAGCCACUGUGCUCAGCAGUGCGGACGUGUUCAAGUGGUUCGAGGAGGAGGCGAGCGAUGCCGCCGAGCCCCAGGCAGAGGCGGGGGUGGAGGUGGAGGUGGAAGAGCGGCCGCUAGACUCUCCAGCCGUGGUGCUCUGCUCGUCCGGCACCACUGGCUACCCCAAAGGCGUCGAGGUCUCGCACCGGGGGCUGCUGCAGCUGCUCGCCAUCGGCACCCUCUGUGGCCAGAUCUUGACAAUUCAAUAUUUCAAAUGCUCCUUUUCUCCUAAUGAUAGAGAGAAGAAGCUGAUGAUGAUGCUGGGUGAUGGAUCAUUUUUGGUGCUGUCUCCUGCCUUCUGGAUAUCCGCAGUCGCACUUCUACUGCUGUCCAUCAACGCCGGCAGCAGGAUAGUCACCAUGGCUCAGUUCAAGGAAUCACUUUUCUUGAAGACUCUGCGCGAGCACAAGACCGACGCGACAGUUACGUCGUAUUUUACGGACCAUUGGCGGCAGGUGGUGGGCACCCUGAUGGCGCCCUUCCUGGGCGUGAAGCUGCUGAGGAUGAGCCCGCAACCGGACCUGACGCCGCUGCACCUCAUCGUCUUCGGCGGCUCGGCGCUGGACCGCGUCACGCAGGCCCAGCUGCAGGCCAAGUUCAAGUUGGCGGCCACCCAGAUGUACGGCAUGACGGAGCUGCUCAUGACCCUCUCCUCCGAAAGGACCAAGCCCUCACCUUUCGGCUCUGUCGGCCUCCCGCAACCCAACGUCGAGGUCAAGGUGGUGGACACAGAGUCUGGCGACGCCCUGGGUCCGAAUCAGGACGGAGAACUCUGCUUCAGGGCCCCAACGGUAACGCGCGGCUACUACAACGACCCCGUCGCAACGGCUGCAGCAAUCGACGCCGACGGCUGGUUCCACACGGGUGACGUCGGCUACUACGACGACGCGGGGCACUUCUACAUCACAGACCGCAUCAAGGACUUUGUCAAGUACAAGGGGCACCACGUGUCGUCGGUGCUUCUGGAGGGUCUGCUGUACAAGCACCAGGCCGUACUGGAGGCUGCGGUGGUCGGCGUGCCGGACCCUCUGGCUGCAGAGCUGCCCAGGGCCUACGUCGCCCUGAAGUCAGGGGAACAGGUCUCUGCGGAGGAACUGGCAAACUUUGUCAACGCUGAAGUUUCCGACCACAAGAAACUGCGCGGCGGUGUCGUCUUUCUGGAGAAACUCCCAAUGACCUCGACAGGAAAAGUGUGCAAGAGGAUCUUGAGGGAACUGGCCAAGAAGGAAGAGAGCGGAAAUUAG